CUUAUGCGGCCCCGGACGUUUUGAGCCAUGCCUGGCCACAGCUCAGGGGCUCCCCAGACGUCCCGUCAUUCAAAGCACCACACCUCCACCUCUCAAGGCAACCACAAACCAAGUCGAACUAUAUACAGGGAGAGCAUGGGCUUAAGUGACCUCAGAGAUCUUCAUGGGGAACAUUUCCGCGACCACCCUCGGCAUUCGGAGAGCAAGAAUGGCACCAGUAGAACAUACCCGAGAAACGGCACGGCCCGGGGCUCAGAGACUAUAGGAUUUAUUCCAGGAUUGGCUGACAGUGCGCCAGCCAGCAGGCCCUCAUGUAGCUCCUGCCCCUCUAUGGGCUGGAGUGGCUGCAAGGCCUUGCUCUGCGGUAUGCUCAAUUCUGGCUGUUGUGGCAGCCGAGAGCUCUCUCUGCCUGUUAACGAGAGCUCAACAGACCACCCACCCAAAUCAGGCAGUGAGCCUUCUAACGGCAUGGCUCUGACCAACCCAACCUGUGGUGUCUCCAUGGAGCCCAGCAAGCCCACCAAAUCUGCCAGGUUACCCACCAGCGAAAGUUUCCGUUACCAAGACGUUCGUUUUAGAGGUGAGAUUGUAAAUUAUCCAGUGAAUCCUUCCAAACUGACCCGUCCUCCCGCAAAAGGGGAAAGCCAGAGACUGAUCAGCAACACCAGCCUCUGGUCUAACGACUACUACGACCCAUGCGACACCACAGACGUUGACUCUCUUAUCACCAAGAAGCUCUUGGAGCUGUACACCUUCCAUCAGAUCGAAGAGCUCGCCAAGUGUACGACCGAUUCCUCUUUCAUCCGCAAGACGAACGAGAUAAGCGACCUUAUCUACAACAUUGCCCAGAACUACAACCUGGAGGAGCAGGAGGUCGAGUGCAAGCUGGUGCAUGGGGUCAUCCGCAUCAGCACGAGGAAGGCCAAGAAGAAGGCCAGCCACCAGCGUCCUAACGGCAGGAACGACGGGACUCUGCCCGAAAGCGGCAACGAGACCAUGACCCAAACCUUCAUGAGCAGUGAUUUUCCAGAGGUGAAAGUGUCUGAGCAAACGCCGUCAGACGAGCUGGUGAGGAAAAUGACACAAUACGGCUCAAGAACAUAUUCCUCCAGCACUUCCACAGCCUACUCUCCCUACCAGCACAACACCGGGACAAACUCUUCAAAGAGCUCCUCUGCUGAUUUGAAAGGCUACGCAGAGAUUCAAAUGUCUAUAUGCUGA